UUUUUGGUUUUCUUGCUUUUUGUAAUUUUUUUGUUUUUUAGCGUUUUUGCGCUGAGGAGAAGUAAUAAAAAGUUUUUUUGCGAGUCUCCUCUCCGCAGCCGGUGGAGACUUUGUUUCUCCGAGUUUUUUUGCUUUUUUUAACCCAUCCCUGCCCCUUAGCGCCUAACUUUUUAAUUUUUUUUUUUAUUGUUAAUUUUUUUUCGCCCCCUUGUUCCCCCUCGGCCACUUUCUCGCAUGAAUCUCCUCGACCCUUUCAUGAAAAUGACAGAAGAACAGGACAAAUGUAUCUCCGACGCCCCCAGCCCCACCAUGUCGGAUGACUCCGCCGGCUCCCCCUGCCCCUCUGGAUCCGGCUCGGACACGGAGAACACCAGACCCCAAGAGAACACCUUCCCCAAGGGCGACCCGGACCUGAAGAAGGAGAACGACGAGGACAAGUUCCCGGUGUGCAUCCGGGAGGCGGUGAGCCAGGUGCUCAAGGGCUACGACUGGACCCUGGUGCCGAUGCCGGUGCGGGUGAACGGCUCCAGCAAGAACAAACCGCACGUCAAGAGACCCAUGAACGCCUUCAUGGUGUGGGCGCAGGCGGCCCGCAGGAAGCUGGCGGAUCAAUACCCGCAUCUGCACAACGCCGAGCUCAGCAAGACCCUGGGCAAGCUCUGGAGGCUGCUGAACGAGAGCGAGAAGCGCCCGUUCGUGGAGGAGGCCGAGCGGCUGCGGGUGCAGCACAAGAAGGACCACCCCGACUACAAGUACCAGCCCCGGCGGAGGAAAUCGGUGAAGAACGGGCAGGCGGAGCAGGAGGAGGGCGCGGAGCAGACCCACAUCUCCCCCAACGCCAUCUUCAAGGCGCUGCAGGCGGACUCGCCCCAAUCCUCCUCCAGCAUCAGCGAGGUGCACUCGCCCGGGGAGCACUCGGGCCAGUCCCAGGGGCCCCCCACGCCCCCCACCACCCCCAAGACGGACGCCCAGCCGGGCAAGCAGGACCUGAAGCGCGAGGGCCGCGCGCUGGGCGAGGGCGGCCGGCAGCCGCCGCACAUCGACUUCCGCGACGUGGACAUCGGCGAGCUCAGCAGCGACGUCAUCUCCAACAUCGAGACCUUCGACGUCAACGAGUUCGACCAGUACCUGCCCCCCAACGGGCACCCCGGCCAGGUCACCUACACGGGCACCUACGGCAUCAGCGGCGCUGCCGGGGUCUGGAUGUCCAAGCAGCAGCAGCAGCAGCAGCCGCCAGCGGCGCAGCUGCCGGCGCUGAGCGCCGAGCAGGGCCCCCAACAGCAGCAGCAGCAACAGCAGCAGCAGCAGCAAAGGACCCACAUCAAGACAGAGCAGCUGAGCCCCAGCCACUACAGCGAGCAGCAGCAGCACUCCCCGCAGCAGCAGCAGCAGCAGCAGCUGAGCUACAGCUCCUUCAACCUGCAGCACUACAGCUCGUCCUACCCCAGCAUCAGCCGCGCGCAGUACGAGUACGGCGAGCACCAGGGCUCCUCCUCGGGCUCCUACUACAGCCACGCCGGGCAGGGAGGGGGCAUCUACUCCACCUUCAGCUACAUGAGCCCCACGCAGCGCCCCAUGUACACCCCGAUCGCCGACAGCGCGGGGGUGCCCUCCAUCCCGCAGACGCACAGCCCGCAGCACUGGGAGCAGCCCGUGUACACGCAGCUCACCCGGCCCUGAGCCACGGGGAGACGGCGCCGGAAAAGGCGAAAAAAAAAGAAAAAAAAGCGAGAGGAAAAAUAAAAAUUAAAAAAAAAA